AUGUUUCGUUUGUCCAUAUACAUUUUUGUGUUACUCGUUUCGGCUGAAUGUGGUUAUCACCAUUCAUCGAAAACGGGAUACCAAUUUAAAAAUAAUAUCGGAUUUCAAAAAUUAACCAAAGAAAACUGCUGCCCUGAAGAUGAUACGCAAAAAGUUAGUGUGAAUUUGAAAGCCGCCAACCUGCUACUAAAGAAAUUUUGCAACGGAAAGUACAAUACUAGAGAAGUGUACGACGAGGAGGUGUACAGAAUAAAAAUCAAACUUAAGCGACACAUUGAAGAUCUAAUACAAGUAAAAAUAAAUUACAGAGUUAUUUAUGUGAUAUUGAAAUUACAAGAUGGGUAUGAGAUAAUAGAUGCCAGGAUUCUCCCGCAAGGAUUGCAAACAAGAAAUGCAGUGUGGAAAUUAGACAGUGAUGAACUGAUUGUGUCUUUGCCUUAUAAGAAUGAGAGAAAUUUGGAAGUGCAGUUGGACUGUGGUGGAGAAACUCAAUAUCCAAAAUCUGUUGUUAACGUUCCCUUAGGUGUAGAAUAUAGUAUUGCGACAGAUUAUAGAUAUGGUUAUUAA